ACUUGGCGACCGUAUAAAUAUAAUGUCCGCUUUUUAUAUUAAAUAAAUAUUGAAAUUUAUCAGUCUCGCAUUAUAAGUUAAUCCGUAUUGCAAUAGUAACUCAACAUACAAUUUGAUUAACAUUAAUGUUACAGAUUUUGGAAGCCACUGGUCGUUCUUAUCAAAUAUUGCUAGCGCAACAUACGUUGUUAUAAUAUUAAUCACAGACAUAUAAAUAUCUGUAUAUUUCUAUGAUAAUAAUCAUCAAGGUAGGUAAACUCACAUAAACAAAGUUAUUCUACAGUUAUUCUAAUUUAGUUUAUUAGGUACAUGUUUUUGAAAUACAAUGAUAAAUAAAGGACCAAUGGCCCGUUGGCAAUGGGGUUCGGCGGCGGCGUGCGUAUAAUACCGAAUCAUUAUAUUAGCCAAAAUAGUCUUCAACCACCGCCCACUAACGAUUGUCACUAGAGACGUUUUAGUGUAUUCCCUUUAAAACGAGAACGUUAACGAUUCGUAUCUAUUCGUCAUCAGCACCGUGGAUCGGAACGAGUUCAAUUACGCGCGCCGCCCACGGUAUCGGUUUUUCAGACAAUACUUGUACUACUACGAUCGAAACCCGGGAAAUCCACGAUAGAAGCGCCGUGACUUUUCGAAAUUGUUUAGCACCAGUUGUUGGCGUACAGAGCCGGUAAAAUGUUGCUCUCGAGUACCAGGCUGACCAAUAAUAUCUUAUCUUUAUACCGCAGAGGCGCGUCCCGGUAUUUUGAAAACCUGAAAACGAGCUGGCCCGAGAAAUUCGACGACUACGAACACGGAUUUCGUGACCACUGACCAGGUGCGCGUAUUACCGUGGAUCGUGUACGAAAAUGUGUCGAAAAUAUUAUAAUCUGCGCUAUUACGGAACGAUAACGCAGGCGCCGUCCGUCGGGACGGGGUAUUGAUUUUUACGUCUACUAGCGCGUCACCAGUUACGAAAUCCGAACAGUCCUCGUCGUUGUAGAAUUACUGUAAUUUGUCUGUUUAGUCGUUGUCGUUUUUUGUUACCGUCUUUGGUUUAUAUCCCAGCGUCGAUUAACUCGAAUGGUCGAAUGAUCAUUGUUACUAUUUCAUGUUACUGCAUCCUCUUACAAUAAUCAUGAGCGUUCGUUAUCCGACGGAUACGCGAAAAUAAUUGACUGACGUUCGACGUCGUGGACCGUUGUUACUGUUGACGGAGUGAUUGUGGAUGUCGUUAGGUGAACUGAAAACCCCUUGUUGAGACCCGAUAUAGUACUGUGUCGUCAUGUCGGCGGAUGAAAUAGACGCAGAGAUCCAUUUCAUGAAGACCUACAGCAUCUUGAAAUGGGACGAGCUUAUAAAGCUGAAUGAUGACCGUAAAACACUUGAUCAGAAUCUUGCUCUUGGGUUAGCCACCAGAGAAGAAGUCCUGAAACAGAUCAGAGUUGAAUUAAAUAUGUUGGACACGUGUCAACUGAAAAUUGAUCAAGAAAUGAAAGAAAAUGAUGCCGCUUACAUUAGCACUGAAAUACUUACCAUUUUGUCAAACCGUAUCAAUGCCAUGUAUAAUAAUAUGUUUCUAAUGUUUCCUGUUGAAAAGACAUCAUUAUCAGAAUAUAUCGAAUUCUGUUCAAACAAUAAAUUAUUCAUAACAAAAUGUAGUAACAUGCUUGAUACACUUAUGUCAAGAUAUCAUAGUGAUCCUGAAGUAUACAUCACUGCAGCAACUUAUGAAUUUGAUGAUCGUAAUGAUGUUGAAACAGCUAGACGGUACUUUGCAGAAGGACUAAAAUAUCAUAAAAAUUGUAAAAGUCUAUAUGUAGAAGAAUUCUGGGUUGAAGUACAGCAUUUAGAAAAGACUGCCGGUGCUUCACUACCUGUUGCUGUUGGAAAAUAUAAAAACCUCAUAAAACGUUUUGAAGGCGACAUGGAAUUUCAUUUUAUAUUAUUAGAUAGAGCUAUACAAUUAAGUGCAGUUAGGGAACUGCAAUGCAAUGUUGUCAGAGAUAUGGUGAAGAAAUAUAGACAUAGUGAAUUAAUGUGGCAAAAAUUAGCUAAAAUUCAUUUUGAUGGAUUUAUUUAUCAACACGUAACAGAACAAUUGCACUAUGAUAAAAAUUAUAUUAGCGGAAUAAGAAAUUGUAUUAAGACAUAUGAGGAUGGAUUAAAAGAAAAUUUACCGCCAAAAAAUAAACAUAAUCUAUGGAAUUUUUACAUAGAUCAUGUGAUAGAAAUUAGAAAAUCUUAUCGUAUGAAAAAAGAAACUAUUAGAAAUUUUAUGAAUGAGACAAUGGAGCGAGCAUUUCAAGAAGCCCAUGAUAACAGAGCACUUCGUAAAGCUGAACAUUAUAUUUAUUGGGCUGAAAACACCAAUAAAGACUGCCAUACGAUUUUAAAAGAAGCAGUUGAAGUAAUAAAUGAUAGUGUUGAACUAUGGACCAAAUUAUUAUCAUAUUAUAUAGACUUUGAUAGUCUUGAAAUGGCAGUUGAAACUUUUCAAGAAGGUGUUAAGGCUUUGACUAAGAAUUCGAUUCCUUUGUGGCAAAUGAUUAUUUUAUAUAUGCAAAAUACUCAUCCUAAAUUGCUGAAACAGUUGUUCCAGGAAGGUGCUCGUUAUCCAUUUGAAGAAGUAAAUACAUUUAUCAGACCUCAAUACUUAGAAUGGUGUGUACUUCACAAUGGCAUACUUGCAACUCGUGAAUUGUUCAAUGAAUUAAAAGAUAUAGAACCAGAGUGUAGACAACUGUACUCAAGUAUGAUUAGAUUUGAAAAAUCUCAGUCCUCAUCAAUCACUAAAAUAAGUACAAUCAGAAAAUUAUACAAUGAUGCAUGCAAUACAUUUGGCAAAAAAGAUGUUGGUGUAUGGACUGAUUGUAUGACUUUUGAGUAUUCAUAUGGCUCUAUAUUAAUAGUAGAUGAGAUUUAUAAGGCAGCAAUACUUUGUUUGGAACCACAUUUAAUUAGUUUUAUGAAAGAAGAAUAUGAAAGACUAAAAUAUUUAUUUAAGGAUUCUGGAUCUAAAGAUGCAGGAGUAAUUGUUAUUGAAGAUGAUGAUUAAUCAUAUUAUAUUAUAAUAAUACAAUAUUGAUGAGAUACAAAAUAACUUAUCUGUGUGUAAUUUUUUUAUAUUAUUUAUAAUUUAUGGUAAAUAUAAUUUUACCGGCUGUGAUUUUAUAUUUUUAGGCU